AUUAAAAGUGAAAGUACUACAGUUGCAAGAUUAUUUGUUUACUUGUUGCUCGGUGGUUUUAUGAUUUGCCGUUUAAUUAUGGGUGGAAUAGCUAUAAGUGAACAGAUUUAGUUCCAUAAAAUAUUUUCUAUUACUCUACAUAUACAGAUUAAAAAUAAUUUAAAUGGAAGGAAAUGAAAUGAACGUUUUUAACCAAUCACUUUCAUUAGAAAGUGAGAAAGACGAUAGUUUAAGUGAUAACAUAUCGCGUUACAAUAAAAGUGGAUUUAGACAUUUCGUCGAAGAAUCUACACUUAGAAAUGUUUCAUUAGAUGAACUUGAGGAAUUAAGUGACCAAGGAUGUGUAUCGGGUGUUGAUGGAAAUAUCAGAAGAACACCUAGUUCUGUCAGUAGUGAGCAGCCAAUACAGUUUGCUAUCAUAUUAGAGUGGCAUAAUAGCUAUUUCAUUAGCACAGAAGGCAUUUUAAGAAUUGCUUUGUUGAUUUGUACAAUGAUAAGUUUAGCCUGUGUUGCCAGUGCUGGAAACAGAAAUGCUGAUGUUUUGGACAUGCCAUUUGCAUCAUGUGUUCGUGCUCAUAUUUUUGUUACAGUUCUUGCUAUUCUCAUCAACGUUGCAUUCUCCAUCCUUAAUGUGACUGCUGUCAUUGGGAGUUUCCCUCUUUACUGGAAUGCUAUUGAUGCUGCUGUGCAUGGGAGUUUAUGUGCUCUUCUUCUAUUUUCUUCUGUCAUGCUUCUACAUGCUGAGCACAUGAUUCACACUCAUGAACCUCCCAUUACAGAGUGGUCAAAGUUGCAGCUUGCUGUAUCAGCUAUUUUUGGUAUCUUAAGUACAAUUGUCUGUGGUUUGCUUGCUAUAUUGCGUUCCUGUGCCAGGAAAAUUCCACCUGCUUCUGAUGACAUUGUCCUCACUUCUUUACGAUCCAGCUAACCAACGGAGUUUAUAACUCGUACUCGGAUUUCCUGCAAGAUAUGUUAUUUGCAUCCAAUUUCUAGCUGUUGUCAUGAACUUUAGAUAAAUGUUUCUUAUAUAUAUUUUUUUGCUUAUAUGUAUUUGUUAUUUAUGGAAACAUAUUAGAAAAGUGAGGAUUGAAUGCUUUUGUUCAGUAUAUUUUUGUUCAUUUUAUUGCAUUUAUAUAUUUAAUUUAUUUGAGUUUUUAGAGUUUUAACUGCAGGGUAUUUAUAAUUAAAUUAACAUUACUCAGAAUCAUCUGUAGCUCAGAUUUACAUCUUUGGAAAAUGAACCCAAUUGGUGUUGUAAGAAUAUGCAAAAGCAAAAAGAAACAAAUUGUAAAUUACAAUUUCAAAUAUUGCCCCCCCCCCAAAAAAAAAAUGGCAUUGAAGAAGUUACAAAAAACAAAGGAAUUUGCAAUGAAGGUUUAAAGGUAAUGAAACAUUAGAUAUUAUUUAACAUAUUCCUUUAACAUUAUCUACUAGUGUUCUUGGAAGGGAUUGAUGUAUGGUAUGGUUGAGUAAUAUGAAACAAAGGAAGAAGGUUGUUGGUUCUAUCUUUUAGGUAUGCUUGUAAUAGAAUUAUUCAAAAACCAGCUAUGUCAUGUAUAGUUUAGCAACAAAUUAUUUUUUAUGUUUAUUGUUGUUGGAUUGGUUGCUGGAGACUUUUUUAUAAGAGGCACAAAUGUGGGUUUCUUUUCCUUUCAGUGUGUUUCAGAAUGACACUGUGCUAUCAUCUAUUGAAACUCAUUGAAAGUUUUUUUUUCUUUUCUUGUCUUCUAAAUGCUCCAAACUUACUCUGCUGAAUUGAAAAUAUAUUGCUUCGUGGCUACAGAAUCUUCUUAUUAAUAACUUUCACUGUGACCAUUGGGCACAUGUUUGUGACUUUGCAUUUUUGGACAUCUAUCUUUACCCUCAAACUCUUUUAAUUUAAUCAAAUAUGACAAAAUAGCUUCAAAUAUUUUGACAAGAUAAGAUAAAAUGUAUGUCUCAAAAAGUUCAUAUUUCAAACUAAAGCAGUAUAUUAUUUUUUCUAUAUAGAAAAUUUGGAAUUUAUAAAAUUUCUUAUAGGUUUAUCUGUCUUUAUUAGUCUCCUCUCCUAAAUACAGUUCUAAUCCAACUUGUAAAUUGAACUACAGAUGACUAAGUAGUGUCAAUUUAAAUACAAAAAUUCUUUAUAUUAUAUGAAUGUUUCCAUAUAUUUGUAUAAAUCUUGCAAGACUUGAUGUUUGUAGGUAGUAUUUACUUGUGUGUUGCCAAAAAAUAGUCUUAAAUCUUUGCAUGGAACAUUUUAUAAACUGUGCAGAUUCUAUAAUUGUAAUGUUGUUGAAAGAUAAAUUUUGUUAUUUUGUAAAAGUGAAAAAAAUUAAAUUUCUACUCCGGAUCAAAUUUUGAACUUAAAUGUAUUUUUAAAUACAUGUUCCAUAGAAAACAUCUGUGAUGCAUUUGGAAGCUUGAAAGUGCAGCUAUUGAAUGAAGUGAUACUGUAAAAAUGGAAUUUUGAAUGCUAACUUUUUUUUGUAAGGGCUUGCUACUGAUUCUAACUCACAAAACCUAUACAUUUAUUUAUAAAUAAAAAAAAAAGGCUUGAAAACGAAUAAUUUGAGGAGUUAGAAUUAAGAUUUAUGAUGCAUGUGUAACUUUAUAUAUUUAAAUAUGUUAUAGAUCUUUUAUGCAUUUGAUAUUAUUUAAAUGAGAGUUGCAAUACUUAAUCAUGUAAUGUAUAAUUUAAUUUUAUAAUUUUAUUCAAUAUGG